AUGGCGACGAACGCGAAGAAAUCGCCCAGUGACUUUCUGCAGAAAGUGAUAGGCCAGAAGGUCGUGGUUCGCUUGAGCAAUGGAACCGACUACCGAGGCGUCUUGACCUGCCUGGAUGACCGCAUGAACAUCGCUAUGGAUAAGACAGAAGAGUUUGUCGACGGCAACUUCAUCGGCUCCUACGGCCUCGCGCUUAUCCGCGGAAACAACGUGUUGUAUAUCAGCGCAGCGGAGGCCUCAGAGUCGUAA